AUGGGUUGUACUGUGAGAGAGAAGCAUGUAAGAGCAAAUCGGAAGAUCCGAUCCGUCGUGAAACCUGAUGUCGAUUCAUGUUGUUUGCUCGAAAGGGUUUCUCUAUCGAAAUCAAUCGUUGGGUCUAGUCUGAAAAACUUGGUUUAUCAUCCAGGUCUCACUGAUUCUCGUCCUGGUGGGCUUUCUCUGAUUUCGAACCCUAGUGAGGAAAAUGUUUGGGGUUAUUGUACAGAGGAACAAUUGGAAGAGACAUUGCUUAAACAUUUGGAGGUUUUGUACAACCAAGCUAUUUGUAAGCUUGUUGAAUUGGGUUAUGAAGAAGGCGUUGCAUUGAGAGCGGUUUUGAGUAAUGGGCAUUGUUAUGGUGAUUCGGAUGUUGCUGCUAACAUAUUGAAUAAUUCGUUAUCGUAUUUGAAUAGCAGUAGCGGUGGUGGAGGCGGAGGCGAGGAUGAUACAGAGGUUGGUUUUGAGGAUUUGAGAGAGUUGGAGGAGUAUUCACUUGCUGGUAUGAUUUACUUGUUACAACAAGUUAAGCCUAGUUUGAGUAAAGGUGAUGCAUUGUGGUGUUUGGUUAUGAGUGAGCUCCAUGUUGGUAGGGCAAGUACUAUGGAUAUCUUGAAUUCAGGAAAUAGGGCUAAGGAAGAUAACAAGAAAGAAGGAAUUGGUGGUGGUAGUGUAGAUCUUUCUGGUUUUAUGGCACCGGCGUUAUGUAGAUUCCAUGGAGGUUGGGAUUAUGGGAAUGAUGGAGGACCCGAGUUUUCUGGUAACGGGUUUUCGAUGAAUGGUGAUGAGUUGAAGCUGCAGAGAGAGAUUGAUUGUCCGAAGAGGUUUAAUCUUUCUCCAUCGAUGAAGGCCUUGUUGAAACGGAAUGUUGCAGCUUUUGCUGCUGGUUUUCGUGCUAGUAUGAAGCAGAAAGAGAUACAGUCUCAAACUGGUGGUAAUAGCUUGCCUUGUACCGAUAUUGUACCUGUGGAGACUAGUGAGCAGCCACGUAAUUCUGGAAGUGAAGAAAGUGUUAGUUUGGUGUUAGAGAAGUUUCGCGAUCUGAACCUUGAUGAUAAUCUGGAAUCGGUGGGUGAGGAUGAUAAGGAUGGUGUGAUUGUCAAUCUGCUCGAUCAUGUUAAGGAUCUCGAGAAGAAAUUAAAGGAAAGGAAAGAUUGGGCUCAGAAGAAGGCAAUGCAAGCUGCCCAAAAGGUCAGCGAUGAAUUGGCCGAGCUUAAGUCGUUGAAUAGUGAAAGAGAAGGAAUCCAACUGUUGAAAAAGGGAAGACAAGUUAUUGAAGAAACAACCGUGAAAAAAUUAUCUGAGUUGGACAAUGCUGUUAAGAACGCUAGUAGUCAAAGCGACAAGGCUAAUGCGAUUGUAAGAACGCUUGAGAAUCAGAACGCAGAAAUCCGAGCAGAGAGGGAGGGUUUCAAAUUAAGUGCAUCAGAAUCGCUUAAAGAGUGCAUGGAAGCAUCAAAGAAGGAGAAGAAAUGCUUGAAGAAGCUUUUGGCAUGGGAGAAGCAGAAAGCGAAGUUGCAGGAUGAUAUUACAGCUGAGAAAGAAAAGAUUAAGACCCUCAAUAGGGCUUUAGCUCAGAUCACACAGGACGAAAAAGAAACUGAGGCUAAGUGGAGGCAAGAGCAGAAAGCAAGAGAGCAAGCGUUGGCUCAAGUGGAGGAGGAACAACGCACAAAAGAAGCAACCGAAGCUCACAAUAAGAGAAAGCUCGAGACUCUAAGGUUAAAGAUUGAAAUAGACUUCCAACGACACAAAGACGAUCACCAAAGACUAGAGCAAGAACUCUCUCGGCUCAAAGCUUCUUCAGAUACAGACUCAAGCCAUUUGUCCAAUAACAACGCUUGGGAAACCGGAAAAUCCCGAGGAGAAGACAUUGCUAAGCUGCUUGAAGAACUCGAUAAGCUUGAAGGGUCUAUUGAGAAUGAAGGAAACAAUGAUCGAGAAUGCAUAAUGUGUAUGAAAGAUGAAGUCUCUGUGGUGUUUCUUCCUUGUGCUCAUCAAAUUGUGUGCGGUAGUUGCAGCGAUAACUUCUUCAACACCAAUGAUGGAAGCAAAGUCAUUUGUCCUUGUUGCAGAAGUUUGGUUCAGCAGAGAAUCCGAAUCUUUGGAGCAACCUCCUAA